GCCAGGCGGAGCGGAGAGCGCCGGAGUGGGACGGAGCCCGAGGGCGGAGCGCGCCGGCCGCGGCCCUGAAACUGCAGCACCCGUCUGUGUGUGUCACUGCUGUGCUCCUUGGCUUGGAGAGCGACUGCCCGGUCACAGAAUACGUAGGUACUUAUUUUAAUGCAGGAAAAUGACCAGCGUUACUCAGAUAUCCAAAGAUGAGCUGGAGGAACUCAGAGAGGCCUUUGCCAAAGUCGAUCUCAACAGCAAUGGAUUUAUCUGCGAUUAUGAGUUGCACGAACUGUUUAAGGAAGCGAACCUUCCCCUUCCUGGCUACAAAGUGAGGGAGAUCAUUCAGAAACUCAUGACGGAUGGGGACAAGAAUAAAGAUGGGAAGAUCAGCUUUGAAGAAUUUGUUUACAUCUUUCAAGAGGUGAAAAGCAGCGACAUCGCCAAGACGUUCAGAAAAGCCAUCAACCGGAAAGAGGGCAUCUGUGCCAUCGGCGGGACUUCGGAGCUCUCCAGUGAAGGCACCCAGCACUCCUACUCAGAGGAAGAAAAAUACGCCUUUGUGAACUGGGUCAACAAAGCUUUGGAAAAUGACCCGGACUGUAAGCAUGUCAUUCCAAUGAACCCAAACACAGACGAUCUCUUCAAAGCCGUCGGGGACGGGAUUGUGCUGUGUAAAAUGAUCAACCUCUCUGUUCCGGACACAAUCGAUGAAAGAGCCAUCAACAAGAAGAAGCUAACGCCAUUCGUAAUUCAGGAAAACCUGAACCUGGCCCUGAACUCUGCCUCCGCCAUCGGAUGCCACGUGGUCAACAUUGGGGCGGAGGACCUGCGGGAAGGGAAGCCUCACCUGGUCCUCGGCCUCCUCUGGCAGAUCAUCAAGAUUGGCUUGUUUGCAGACAUAGAACUCAGCAGAAAUGAAGCACUGGCAGCCUUGCUUCGGGAGGGGGAGACCAUCGAGGACCUGAUGAAGCUGUCUCCGGAGGAGCUGCUGCUGAGGUGGGCCAACUUCCACUUGGAAAAUGCCGGGUGGCACAAGAUCAACAACUUCAGCUCAGAGAUCAAGGACUCCAGGGCAUACUUCCACCUUCUCAAUCAAAUUGCUCCCAAAGGACAGAAGGAAGGAGAGCCACAGAUUGAUAUCAACAUGUCUGGCUUCAAUGAGAAAGACGACUUGAAGAGAGCCGAGUGCAUGCUGCAGCAGGCCGACCGGCUGGGCUGCCGGCAGUUUGUGACCCCGACGGACGUCGUCAGCGGCAACCCCAAGCUGAACAUGGCCUUUGUCGCCAACCUGUUCAACAAAUAUCCGGCACUCACCAAACCUGAAAACCAGGACAUCGACUGGACGCUGCUGGAAGGUGAGACUCGGGAGGAAAGGACGUUCCGCAACUGGAUGAACUCCCUCGGCGUGAACCCCCACGUGAACCACCUCUACGGGGACCUGCAGGACGCGCUGGUGAUUUUGCAGCUCUAUGAAAAGAUCAAAGUGCCCGUCGACUGGAACAAAGUCAACAGGCCCCCGUACCCUAAGCUGGGAGCAAACAUGAAGAAGCUAGAAAACUGCAAUUACGCUGUCGAACUGGGGAAGCAUCCAGCCAAGUUCUCUCUGGUCGGCAUCGGGGGGCAGGACCUCAACGAUGGGAACCCCACGCUCACGCUGGCGCUCGUGUGGCAGCUAAUGAGAAGAUACACUCUGAAUGUCCUGGAGGAUCUCGGGGAUGGCCAGAAGGCCAAUGACGACAUCAUUGUGAAAUGGGUGAACAGGACCUUGCAGGAAGCUGGGAAGUCGACCUCCAUCCAGAGCUUCAAGGACAAGAGCAUCAGCAGCAGUUUGGCCGUAGUGGAUUUAAUCGAUGCCAUUCAGCCGGGCUGCAUAAAUUAUGACCUUGUGAAGGCGGGAGACCUCUCAGAGGAAGACAAGCACAGCAACGCCAAGUAUGCCGUGUCGAUGGCUAGAAGAAUCGGAGCCCGGGUGUACGCCCUUCCAGAGGACCUCGUGGAGGUGAAACCCAAGAUGGUGAUGACCGUCUUCGCCUGCUUGAUGGGCCGAGGAAUGAAGAGAGUUUAGGAACUGGCACCAAACCAAAGCGCCCGAACCUCCCCACCCACCUCCAGUUUGGCUGCUUCCAGACCGAAACGCUGCCAGUCAGAAGAAUCGCUGGCAUGGUUUUUUGUUUUUUUGUUUUUAAAGAAGGACUCUGUUUUGCUUUGCAAGGCGGGAAUGUGGUGAGAAUUCUUGGAAGGAGGAGCAUUUCACAACAAAUGGUUCGCUUUCCUGGGAAUUUAAAAGGGGUUCUCUCUCCAGUGCCCACGGGAAACCUUUGUGCUUAUCUCCCGGAGUCGGAUGCUGGCAGAGCGAGUGAAGCUGCCUGCCCCAGGUGCUCAGUUCUCUGGUGGGCCACUGCUGGCCCAAAAAUGGAAUUAUUUCACUCUCUUGUCUUAAGAAAGGCCAUUUUUCCUUUGUCUCCAGCGGCCCUUGUGCGCCUCGGGGUUGAGCUUUCAUUGAAGUGGCUGUAAUUCCAUUCAUGCGAAGGCAGGAACCAGGGCUGUGUGUGUGCCACUCCUGAAAAGAAAUAGAAAGCAGUGCCCAGGCUGAGCAAGCCUGUAUUUAGCAGCCAGUACAAAACAAGAUUGCAUAAUUUGGAAACAGAAACAGAGCGAGUCAGAAGGGGUCUCCCGGGCCAUCUAGUCUGAGCCCUGGCUCCAGCCAGCUCUGCUCACAACAUGCCCACUAAUGGUUACCCCCUGCUUUCGGUCAGUCAACCAUGCCCUAAUCCAUCGGACAGUGCAUUGGUCUAUCCCAAAACUCCUCAAUUUCUCAACCGGGAUAUCAUGGGGCACUUUGUCAAAGGCCUUGCUGAAAUCCAGGUAAACCACAUCCACUGCAUCCCCUCUGUCUAGCCACCUUAUUUUGCAUAAUCCAUUCUGCCAUUUUAAACUAGUUUGCAUAAUUUGUUCUGCAGGAUUUAGUCAGCCCAAUUGCGACCUCAGAAAUACGCCUCCCAGCAUUCCUGGGCUUCUGAGGUUUCAGCUAGCAUGGCCCUCAGCCUUUUGAAGCUUGCCUUCAGAAGGGCUAGGAACUUGACUUUGGUUUUAAAUGAAAGCUUUCACAUUCAGGAAACUGCAUGAUGCCACAGUUCAUGCAUUUGGUGUUCCUGUGGAAUGGCAGCAAAAGUACAGAUCUGGACCUUUGUUCAAGGGGGCAGAUGAGGAUGAGAGGAUGGGAUGGAGACAAAGGCACUCCCAAAGAGAGGUCUUCCAGCAGUAUUCCUGGUGCUGCUCCUUUUCUCCUGUAUAGUGGAACCGCAUUUUUAUUACUUUACCAACACAGGCAUAGCAAGUUUUAUAUUUUGCUACAUCUUUUUGUGAGAAGUACCACUUUCUGAGGUUACUGCAUCUGCCAAUGACUCAAUUAACCCCAGAGAAUCAAGCCAAAGCAUUUUUGUAUGUUCCCUUAGUUUUGUUAGCAUUUUGCCUAGACAUUUUUGUGUUUUACUUCUUUUUCCAGAAUCUGCAUGAAAAAGCAAUUUUUAAAAUGCAUUUAUUUACAAUCCUAUUGGGUGUUAAACCUGUGUGAAAGGGGCUUGAAGGACAGGACCCGGCCAAUUCCACAGACAGCGAGGACCAGUGACUUGAAAAGUAGAAUGUUUGGGGAGAGAAGAAACUAUUUUUUUAUAAAUAAAAAGGGGGAUGCUGUCACCAAAGAGAAGGCAUUUUUUCCAUAGGAUCAGACAUGCCCUGGCUUUGGCAAACUUAGUUGCGCUUGAGGUCAUAUUGCUAGUCCCAGUGAUACAAUAUGGUGGCAAAACAUUGGAAAAAAUAAAAUCAUUUAAAUACA